GUGCUUUGUUGACCAAAUUGGAGGAAUGUUUUGCAACCAGAUAAUUCUAAAGUUUAAUUAAUAUUUUGUCAAAAUGUCUUUUAGCAUACAAAAUGAUCCGAGAGAAAAUUUGAAUACGCUAGAUGACGAAUUAGAAAAUUUCCACCGGAAUUCUGCAAAUUGGUCUGAACUUCCACCUAUAGCAUUGGAAACUAUUUAUACUUAUUUGAAUCGCACUGACCAAUUAUACAUGUCGUUAGUCUGCAAAGCUUGGUCAAACGAGUACGGGUCUCCCAAAGUGUGGAGAAAAAUAACUUACAAUUUAUUGCGGACAACACAAACUGAAACAUCGCCUGAGAUUAAAAUUGCUCGAAAGUUUGGAUGCAUGUUUAAAUACGUUGAAAUAAGCCAUGUAGGAGAAAGGCUCGGUCGGUCAACAGUUCUAAAAGCCAUGGAGCAACUGCAAUUGUUUUUAGAAGCACUGACAGAAUCUCAAUGUAAACUGUUCUCUUUCGUUUUUAAGAACAUGCAUAUGGUUCAUCAGUUUUUAAGCAACAGUGCUUUUACAAACUUGGUGAACAGCACAAUAAACUUUGUUAGAACACAGAAUACGCUAAGAAUUGUUGAAUUCCAUAAUACUUUUUACAAACGAGAUGACGCGGCUAAAAUACUCUCGGCAGUUUGUGAGAGCAACUCGAGAACAUUAAUGAAGCUUGUGCUACAAGGAUUCUCAAGAGACGCAUUUGACGAAGUCGAUGUCCCUAUAUCACCGCCUCAUUUAUUGUCAACCCCCUAUAUGACGAAUUUAACAACCCUCAAAGUCGACUAUUCUCAGUUUUUUGAAGAAAGUAUGCAGCAACUUCUCGAUAUAAAAUGUGUAGAAACUCAACUCAUGAAGAAGCUUUUAUUAAUCGAUGUACUAUGUGAGGGAUCUUUACCUGCACCGAUAAAAGGCAUUUCGCCAUUAGUGUGGAAACGCUUGAGGGAAAUGUGCCCGCAAUUAAGGAUCAACAUGAAUAUCUUAUACCAAACUCAAAUCCAGAAUGAUUUGACAAUUUAUUUGGUUAAUCAUAUCCCACUGCAACACUUGGUGCUAAAUUUGAGAACAAAUCUCAUCGAUACCAAUCUGAACAUCGACGUAAUUUUUCAGCAAAUAUGCAACUGCCGUGCUCACGAUUUCUUAGAAUCUUUAAGCAUAUAUUGGAUGCCUGCUGUUGGUGAUAUAUCAAGGUGCUUGAUUCCAUUUCUUCAGGUUUCCAAAAAGCUGAAGGCGGUUCAAAUGGGUCUUAAGUAUCCGGUAACCGGAAUUGAAGCAAUUUUUGAAUACCUGCUCAACCAUCAACCAGAAUCUUUGGAAUCAAUUUGCAUAACAGUAACCGGAGUUGAUGAAGUUAGUCAAAGGCAUCUGAUGGAGGUUGCCGAAGAAAUAUGUCCUGUACUUCAAGUCACUGGUUUAACGGUUAUUUUAUUAGUUUAUUCAUAA